GCUUCCGGUAAUAAUCAACUCCAACCUCAAAUAAUGUCGGCGUCUUUCUCCACCGCAUAACUCAUUGAUGCCUAAGUGAAAAGACUUCGUUGAAUUAUUUGUUUUAGUGUUAUGAAUCAACAGAUCAAAAUGAUGGAGAAAGAGAGUGUAAAUGGUUUAUUAGUAUCACAUAAUGAUUGUAUUGGAUCACCUCAACGAUCCAACAGCGUUGAAUCAUCACCAGGUAGUUCGACGAGAAAAGGUUUUGGUUUAAAGAAAUGGAGAAGGAUCAAAAGAGAUACUCCUGUGAAGGAAGAAGCUGCUACACCUGCUGCUGAUGAUGAUGGUAGUAAAUUGCUGAAGCGUAAUUUGACUGGUUUGGUGAACCCUCCUUGUAAACAUGUUGACUUGUCAUCAGUUGAAGCGAGACAGAGUAGUGAAGGCUCUGUUGGAUCUGUGAAUAUGGCUGUGAAGGAUCAUUAUCAUCAUCUUGUUCCAGGUGGAGUCAACGGGUUUAGUCUUGUUUCAGGUUUUAUGUUUAAUGUAGGCCAAGGUUUUGAUAAGAGUGAAGAGCUUAGUGGUAAUUCAAUAGCUGCAAAGAAUGUAGUAGGAGGAGGAGGAGGGAGUGAAGAGAGGGAGAGGAAGCCUUAUUCCAGCGUGGAUUCAGACUUGAGAAGUAGUGAUUUUGUGUUUUUGAGUGGCAAAGAAGGCCAAACAAAUGGGAGAAGCGAGAACGGAGGUAAAGAUGGAGAUGGAGAUGAUGAGAGUGAGAAGAAGAAGGAGAACCAUUAUUGGGUAGAGAAGGAUCAAAUUGCAGAUUGUAUUAAAAGUCUUGCAGCUCUGCAGGAAGCUCUUUGGAAAGAGGUUACGAGUUUUCAGGAGCUGAGUAAGGAGUCUUUACCAUUACAUUCGAACAUUGAUGAAGUCAAUUCAGGAUCACAGGUGCUGAUUUUGAAGCAGAAGGUGAAACAUCUCCAACACAAACUGGAGGAAACUAGAGCUGAUCUUGAUGCAAAGGAAGCUAAGAUCCAAGAACUAGAAAACUCAAAGAUUGAGUCUGAAAUUGAAGGCGUUUUCCAGAGAAAGGUUGAAGCUGAAAUCGAGCAUUUGAUGCUCACAAGAUCACUUCAAGUACUAAAUGAACAACCGAAGAAGGUACAUUCUGUAACCGAAGAUCCUGAACUGAACCGUGGAAACAUGUUAGGAAAAACAUGCAAGUCCAGUUUCUUUUUCUUGACACAGUUGAUCUUGCUAGUCUGCAUACUUCGGUUACUACUUCUCCAAUCCUCUCCUGCUUCACGGUUAGUUAUACCAACUUGAAAACAGUUCAUGUUGGUCUUCAUGUUGUGUUACCAAACUUUUUUGUUUUCUUCAGAUGUUCAUUUAUGAGGCAUUAUGAUUUAAAAUAAAAUGUGUUAUUUAAGCUUGUAAUCAAGUUAUAGCAAAACAAGAUAUACUAUAAAUUAGUUAAAAG